AUGCUAAAUCCAAUUCCAAUCUCAUUGGAAGACAUGUUUUACCUCGAUACUUUGAAUUCUGAAGAUAAUGAGAAGUUUAGUGCAACACGUGAUCGACUAAUUCAUUUCAUCGCAGAGCACCAUGAAAAAGAGCAAAAAUUGCAAGCUGAUAUUAUCGUACGAUGCAGCGAACUUCGCAUGUUGAGAGAAGCUAUGAAAAAACAAUAUUUGGAGGCUGAAGAGAACAAACAAGCACUUGAACUUCAAAUCAAGCAAAUGACAAAGGAAUACGAAGCUGCCAGGAAAGCUCAAGAGAAGAGAUACCAAGAUAUGAUAUUCAAAUUAGAAGUAACAAAACAACAAGCAGCACAAGAAGAAAAAAGUCAUGAGUUUGCUUGUGUCGAGGCGGAAACUUUACACAAAGAAAAGAAAACAGGUCUAAAGGGGCAAUGCCAGCAAUUUUGGGAAAAGGUUGAAGAUGAGAGAGGAGUUUUUAAGAAAGUAGAGAAAUGCUGUAAAAUCGUAAGGAACGAGUUGCAUGUUAAACACAAAAGCAACGAAGAUGAUGAGCAGAAAAAUUUAGAGCCACAGAGCAGUAUAAUUAAGAACGGACAGGAAAGGAACGAAACAUUGCAUGGAGAUCAACUGAAUAAGAUUCCGAAGAAUCAUACUAAGCCGUGCAAGAAAACUCCUAAUUCUAGCCUUCUCCGUGCUACUAUUAUCGGUGGUGGUCUCGGUGCUGCUUCCGUUGGUGCUCUGGGUGCUGGUGCCGGUGCUGCUGCUGGUGCUGUUGCUGGUGGCGCUGCUGGUAUUAUUUUAGGUCCUUGUGGUAUUGCCACUGCUGCUGCUGCUGCUGCUGGUGCUGCUGCUGGUACCACUGUUGGUGCUGCUGCUGGUGCUGCUAUGGGUGCUGCCGCUGGUGUUACUAUUGGUGGUAUUGGCAGUGCUAUUAUUACUCUUUAUAGGUUUCGUAGAAAACGAUAUCGUAGAUUUGGUUAUGAAAAACCAAUUUUCGGUGUAAUAUUUGCACACUACUUCGAGCCUUUUCGCUUCUUGUUCAAAAGAUAUUUUAGAGAGAUCUUUGUCUCUGUAACGUUUGUUUAG